AUGUUCUCCGCCGGCGUUGCUGCUCUAGCCUUCUCCUCCCUGGCGUGGGCCUACCCUAACCCGGGAACGGUCACGGGUAACAUCGACGUCGCCGACCCUACGCUGUGCAAGGAUGACUCUGGAACGUACUUCCUCUUCUCAACGGCUCCGGGUAUUGAGAUUCGUACCUCCACCGACCGUACGGCUUGGACACUCCGUGGUACUGUCUGGACUGUGGGCUCAGAACCAUCGGGAACGGUUGCCUUUACUGGGGAUGCUUCCGCGAACCUCUGGGCUCCGGAUUGUACCUACGCGGACGGCCAAUUCUACCUCUACUACGCUGCAUCCACCUUCGGGUCUCAGAAGUCCGGCAUCUUCUUCGCGAAGUCAAGCACUGGUCUCCCGGGCUCGUGGACCGAUGAAGGUCUUGUCACUAGCACUGCCGAGGGCGACAGCUAUAAUGCCAUUGACCCAAACCUUCUCAUCGAUGGCUCGACAUGGCGCAUGUCGCUUGGUUCUUUCUGGACUGGUAUCAAGGAAGUCACCCUGAGCUCUUCGACUGGAAAGCUCGCAUCCUCGACAGUCACCUCCCUUGCUGAGCGCAGUGGAACCGACGCCAUGGAGGGCUCCGUCAUCUUCAAGUACGGUUCUUACUACUACCUCUUCACCUCGUGGGACACCUGCUGCGCCGGUCUCUCCAGCACGUACAAUAUCCGCGUUGGUCGUUCGUCCAGCGCUGCAGGUCCUUUCGUCGACCAAGAUGGCGUCUCACUUCUCGAUGGUGGAGGCACCCUUGUUCUCGAGACUCACGGCAGCAUCGUUGGACCCGGUGGACAGGAUCUCCUGACUGACAGUGACGGCGUUGUCAUGGUCUACCAUUACUACACUUCGUCCGCCAGUCUACUCGGUAUCAACCUCGUUGACUUCAGCUCUGGUUGGCCUGUACUUUACUAA